AUGUCUUGCAUUCUGCCCAUUCUUGUAGACAGCGAAGCUGCAGGAGAGCUCAAGAGCGCGCUGCGCACGACCGGAAGUAAACGUACCGUCUUUUCCGGCGCAGGGGGAGGGGGCAAUGAUUGGGAGGACGCGACUCCAGUGUGUGAAGAAAAUGGCGGCCGUGCAGGACGAAGGCUUCUUUUCUCGACGCUGCAGAUGCACCGACCUCCUAUAGCCUUACGUGCUUUCACAUUCACUCCGUUGCACUUUAUAUUCAUGAGAGAAUUGGAAGCUAAAGUCACCAAAGAAGCUGAAGAGAAGCAAAGCAGGUGUGUGCUGGAACGUAGAAAAAGUGUGAACGAAAAGAAAAAGAAGGAAGCUGCUUUAAAGAAGGCCACAGAACAAAAAAGCAAAGUGCCAGAACCAACAAAGCCCAGUUCAAGCCAGCCGCCUCCUGCCAAUUGUAUCAGCAGCACUUCUCCUGUUACCAGCAACAUCAGCAAUGCCAAGCGGGUCUCAGCCAGCAAUCAGCAACAAGCCUCACCUCGAUACCCACCUCGAGAAGUCCCACCACGCUUUCGGAACCACGAGCAGAAGCAACUGCUGAAACGCGUUCAGCAACUUCCUGCCCCAGGAGUGGAACUGGGCGGACAAGGGAGUAACAGCGCACCUUCAUUACUGUCCGUUAAUGACGGACAAUUGCUCAAGAGCAACGAAAAUUGUGCAGGCAUGCCCCCCAUUCGGGAUUUGGUCAGCCACUCCCCAAACCAGUCAGAUUUGAAUCACUCUGGACUCGGGUCACAUUAUGAAAAUUCUCACUGGGUACCUGGCUCAGCUGGCAGCGAUUCUAGCACCACUUGGGACAGAGUUAUUGUAGACGGGUGUGAUAAGGAAGCUUGGCCGUCAAUCACAGGCAGCGACCCAGAGUUUGCUUCAGAAUGUAUAGAUGCUGACUCUGCUUCGAGCUCUGGGUCUGAGAAGAACCUCAGUAUAAUGGCUUCAGCGAGUUCUGCUGGUAUCCAUGAGAGCACCAGAAACAGUUCUCAGAGCCAGCAAAUGGUUGGGAAUGUCAGCAAUAAUGUCAGUAAUGGAAGUAUUAAUGGGCCUUGGGACUUACCUCAUGGCUCAGUGUUAAGCACACAUCAAGGUUCUGUGGAAGGUAUAAAUGGCAAGCUGCAUGAUAAUAGCCACAAUAACAUUAACGUGUGGAGCAGCCCAAGCUCUGCAUCUAGUGGAGGUAUAAAUCCAAGCACUUUGAACCCAAAUGCCAACCAUGGUGCCUGGUGUCUCUUGGAAGGUAAUGGAACUAAAGCGCAGCUGCCUGUGGGAAAUGGGAGCAAUGGAAGCAAUCUACAACGCAGCACUGUGGGUCAGCAGAAUAGCAACAGUACCAGCAUGUGUGUCUCUAGCCGUGGAUCCUGGAAUAGCCUCCAUGAGAGUACAGAUUCAGAUGUUGGUGGUACCAGGAAGGUUUCAUUUAGCGGACAACCUCAAAACCUUAACACUGAAAUGAAUGGACCAAAUAACACUACUAACAUGUUGACCUCUAGUUUACCAAACUCUACUGGUUCAUUGCAGACAAGCGAACUGCCUAAUGUUACAGGGCACCGGGCCUGGCGUAUGAGCACAGUCACUUCUCAACUUCAGGCCUCUUCAGUUUCUAAUGGCACUUCAGCUUCGCAGCAUAGUAGUGACGAGGGAGUUAAUAGCGACUCAUAUGGUACUUCAUGGGCCACACCUGGCACCAACUACUCUGGAGACAAAUGCCAGGUCCUCAAAGGCCAAGCUAUUGGUGACACUGUGAAUGCAACUCUAAUGCAGACUACGCCUAACGGCUCAAUGGGCGAAGUAUCAUGCAAGAAUAACAAUGUGGGUUGUGGCCGUGGAGGAUUAUCAUGGGAUCAAGGUACAGCAAACUCCCACAGAGAAGCUUGGGGAACAGGGAAUAGCUAUGCGCCUAGUGGUAGAGCCUGGGCCAAUGGCACUUUGACCACAGGUAACAAUGUGUCUAGUAUGGAGUGGAGUGAAUUGCCAAAUACACAGCAUUCCAGUGAUAACGACAAUAACCGAAAAGGAUCAAAUGGAUGUGGUCAGAGUUCGACUCUCUCCCAAUUAAAUGAACAGAAUGAUGUGUGGGUCAAAUCUCCAUCUACCCCUGUGGAAAGUGAAGGAGGUAGCACAGAGAGCACUGGAAGUCGUCAUGAGAAGGCCAGCGGUGAUGGGCACAGAGCUCGAGACAGAAGGAAAGCUGACCCACAUGGUUUGGUCCAAAACAUUUUGUCCAGAACUGACUUGGAUCCUCGUGUCCUGUCCAACACUGGUUGGGGCCAGACCCCAAUCAGACAGCAUACUGCCUGGGAUAUUGAAACUUCUAAACACACUGAUAAAAAGACUGACAAUGGAACAGAAGCCUGGGGUGGCACUGUUUCUCAGACUUGUAACUCAGGAGGGUGGGAUGAAGGGCCAAGCCCAAACACAACUGAUGCCUCAUCAUUGCCUGGAUGGGGAGACGCCAAAGGCUCUAGCAGCCAAAGGGGAUGGGAUGACAGUGCUUCUGCUGCUUCAGGAACAGUGAAAAACAAUCAAACAUGGAACAAGGAGGACAAGUCUUCUACCUGGAAUGAUGCACAAAAGGUCAAACAGGGAUGGUCCGAAGGGCCAAAAUCUCACCAGAAUUGGGGUCCAUCAACUGGCAGUGAAGGGUGGGGUGAGGUAUCUUCGACAAACCAGUGGGGAAGUGAGCCAGUAAAAUCUGGUUCUGGUGGUUGGGACAGUGACAGUGACAGGUCAGUAUCUGGAUGGAGUGAACCAGGCCGGACAGCAUCUUCUGCAAAUACAUGGGCUAAUGGAGGUACAGGAAGUGCAUCUGGAUGGGGAGAGCCUUCAAAGGACAGCACUCCAUCUCAGGGUUGGGAUAAUGCAUCAAAGAGUAGCACUCAAUCCCUAGGCUGGGUAGAACAAUCAAAGGGUAGCACAACAACCCAAAGCUGGGAGGAGCAGUUAAAGGGAAGUACCCCUUCCCAAGGCUGGGGGGAACCAAAAAAGGGUAACACCCCUUCUCUAGGUUGGGGGGAACAAUCAAAGGGUAGUGCACCAUCUCAGUCCUGGGAUGAAGUAUCAAAGGUUAGCUCCCCUCCUCAAGGAUGGGGAGAACAAUCAAAGGGUAGUGCUUCUUCUCAAAGCUGGGGUGAAUCAUCAAAGAUUAACACCCCUUCCCAAAACUGGGGGGAGUCAUCUAAAGCCUGCAGUUCAACUUUAGGGUGGGGUGAGCAAUCAAAGGGUGGUCCUAUGCCUCAAGGGUGGGGAGAGCAAGCAAAGAGUGUCACUUCUUCACAGGGCUGGGGAGAUCAAUCAAAGGGUGGUAGCUCACCCCAUGGUUGGGGAGACCAGUCAAAGCCAGGUAACUCUUCUGAGUGGAAGAAGCCACAGGAGAUUGCUAGUGGCUCAGCAUCAUGGGGAGCAGAUAAACCUUCUCCUGCUAAUAACAAACCUUCUGGCUGGCUUGAUGGGCCAAUGCCAAGUGCACUGAAAGAUGAUGAGCCUACAGGCUGGGAAGAGCCUUCUCCAGAGUCCAUCAGGCGCAAAAUGGAAAUUGAUGAUGGAACGAGUGCGUGGGGAGAUCCAAAUCAGUAUAAAUAUAAAAAUGUAAAUAUGUGGAACAAGAAUACUGUUAAUGGUAGCAGUGGAUCAGAACAAGAAGCGUCAAUGCCUCAGCCACCACAACAGCUGCUACCUCCAGGACCACCACCACCAAAUAGCCUUCUGAACAAAGAAGGGUCGGUAAAUACUGGGUGGGGAGAGCCCUAUGGAAUUCCAACAAAGACAUCUGCCUCUUGGGGAGAACCUGCUCUACCUUUAACCACCGUGGACAAUGGAACAGCAGCCUGGGGAAAGCCGUUGGACACAGGAGCUAGCUGGGGAGAAGGAGUCAAUGGUGAUUCUGCUAGCACCCCUGCCUGGACAAACGUUCCAGUUGGUCAGCAGCCUCAGAAUAAAUCUGGAUCUAAAGCUAUGCAAGAAGGCUGGUGUGCUAAUGAAAUGACCUUAUCUGAAUCUCGACAUCCCAGCUGGGAGAUGGAGGAUGAUGUAGAGUUUGGUACAUGGAACAGCCACCCUUCCCAGGAAAUAAACCAGCCUUCAAACUGCCCCCCUUACUUGAAAAAAGUUCCUGUAAAGAAUUCCAUUAAAGGCAGCGGGAAGCCAGAUGAUGUGUGGAUGAAUCAGUUUGUAAAGCAGUUCUCCAGUAUUGGCUUUUCUAGGGAGUCCUGUGAAGAAAAUAAAAGUGGAAAAAUUGAUCUUGCUCCAGGAAUGUUAUCUGACAAGAGGGUCGAUGUGGAGUACAAUGGAGUGAUAGGAAAGGGUCCCUCUUCCCGCUUGCAAGUCCCCAAAGAGUCUUCCAUGGAACGCAGCCCCUACUAUGACAAGCUUUCUUUGUCAAGCGUUCAGGAUGGAAGCCUAGCAGAAGAGACACCAAGUGUACACUUUGCUUCUAAUCAAAACCUGAAGCUUCUCCCUUCAAACAAUGCACUACCUAAUCAAGUGCUUGGCUCUGUUACAGGGCUGGGCAUCCAAAACUUGAAUUCUGUUAGACAGAAUGGCAAUCCCAGUGUGUUUAAUGGCAGUCCAGCAGCACAAGUGAGGGGCAUGCCACAGCCUCCAGCACAACCUAUUAACUCAUCUCAGCCUAAUCUCAGAGCUCAAGUGCCUCCUCCAUUACUCUCCCCUCAGGUCCCAGCAUCAUUACUGAAGUAUCCACCAAACAAUGGAGGCAUCAAUCCCAUGUUUGGUGCACAGCAGGUAGCCAUGUUAAAUCAACUUUCCCAGCUCAGCCAACUGUCCCAGAUUUCCCAACUUCAGAGACUUCUCCUUCAGCAGCAAAAAGCUCAGAGCCACAGAAGUUCACCUUCUAGUGGGCGUCAGCUGCAAGACCCUCAGGGUCGUUCACUCAACAUGCCGCAGCAAAUGAUGCAAGCUCCACGCUCACUGGAUGCUACCCUGAUGAAGCAAGCAUCGAUGCCACAGCUUCAUCAACCUUCCAUGAAAUCUUUCCUAGAAAACCUAAUGCCACAUAACACCCCCGAGCUGCAAAAGGAGCUGCCAGCACAUGGUUCAUUCAGCAGCUUUCCUCUUGGCUUGAAUUCAAACUUGAAUGUAAAUAAUCUGGACAUUGGCAGUAUUAAAGAGCCUCAGUCCCGGCUCAAAAAGUGGACUGCCCUGGAUAACAUGCCAGUGACCUCGUCACUUGAUCAGAACUCCAGCAAACCUGGUGCUAUUUCAACCGGACUUCGACUUGACGAGUCUCCUUUUGGUCCAUAUGACUUUAUCAACCGAAGCAACUCUCCGGUUAGCUCUCCAGGAUCUGUUGGGGACAGCUGGGCUGGACGUGCCAAAUCACCAAAUGGCUCUACCAAUGUCAACUGGCCUCCAGAAUUUCGUCCUGGUGAGCCAUGGAAAGGGUAUCCAAACAUUGACCCUGAAACUGACCCUUACGUCACUCCUGGCAGUGUGAUAAAUAAUCUUUCCAUUAAUACUGUUCGGGAUGUGGAGCACCUCAGGGACAGAAGUAACGGGUCAACCUCAUCUCUGAACACCUCGCUGCCUUCAACUAGUGCCUGGUCAUCCAUUCGUGCCUCCAACUUCAGUGGUUCUCUCAGCUGUACAGCACAAAGCACUUCGGCCAGAAACAGUGAUUCCAAGUCUACGUGGUCUCCUGGCCCUGUAACUAACACUUCUUUGGCUCACGAGCUAUGGAAGGUCCCUCUGCCUCCUAAAAAUAUCACAGCUCCGUCCCGCCCUCCACCUGGACUCACAGGUCAAAAGCCUCCAUCAUCCUGGGAGAGUAGCUCACUCCGCCUUGGAGGAUGGGGUACAUUGGACUCAAGAUACAACUCUGGAUCCACAUGGGGUGAGAAUGGCUCAGGGAGAACAACAAAUUGGCUCGUUCUAAAGAAUCUCACACCUCAGAUUGACGGCUCCACUCUGCGAACGCUGUGCAUGCAGCAUGGACCACUGAUCACAUUCCAUCUGAAUCUGCCCCAUGGUAAUGCGUUAGUCCGCUAUAGCUCCAAAGAGGAGGCGGCCAAGGCACAGAAAUCUCUGCACAUGUGUGUUUUAGGGAACACUACAAUUCUUGCUGAAUUUGCCAGUGAAGAGGAGAUCAACCGAUUUUUUGCACAAGGUCAGUCCAUGACACCCUCUCCUGCGUGGCAGAACCGCAUGGGGUCAGUGGAUGGUUCGCACUCCUUCUCCAAUCGCAAUGACCUGAAUCACUGGAAUGGUGCUGGGUUGGCGGGAGCAGGGAGCAUGGAUCUCCAUGGCACCUCUCUCUGGGCCACCCCAAGCUAUUCUACAAACCUGUGGGGUGCGCCAGGCAAUACUGACACAAGGGUUCUUGGCAGCCCUUCGCCCAUCAAUGCGUUCCUCCCUGUUGACCACCUGGCCGGAGGUGCAGAAUCCAUGUAACCUUUCACCUUUUGACUUAAGCGAUGAACAGUGACCUCAUGUUGUGGUGGUUAACAGAAAAGCACUAGUUUGGACUGUGGCUUACAAAAUGGGGUCACCUGUGGAAACCAGUUACCUUUCCUGCACAUUUUCCACUUUGUUUUUGCCCAAAACAUAUCAGUUUGAAUACUUGAAUCAUGCAGGCCAAUGUUAUAAUGUGAACGUAUCUCUUCCAGCGCUGCUCGUUUCCGGCUUGUGUCCGGCUUUCACGAGCCUGUCUGUCCUCAUCUACUUUGUGUUUGUUUGCUGAUCAUGUUUCUCGUCUUUGCACUGCAAUCCGCAAUACCGGGGGGCAGCUGCCCCAGUGCCACGUUGCCACGUGCACUCUACUAUGCCUUGAUGUAUGCCCACUAUGAUGUGGUGCUGCAGUUCCAGAACCACAUAGAAAUGCCGAAAGGCGAUCAUGUGCUUUGAGAAACAAUCCACCCGAGUAUUGCACCACUCUUGUGUUUUGAAAUGAAAGAGUUUGGCACCACAGUGCUACAACGUACUGUACAUGUGUGCCCAUAACUUGCGAGCCCACCUGCAUGGCAGGAGGGAACAGCACUUUCAAUAGGCUUUAGAUUUUGUUUUGGGGGUGCUCACAUUGUGUGUGCCUCUUGUUUACAGACUUUUUUGAAAAAAAAAAAAAUGUUUACUCUUCCAACGUUUUAAACAAAAAAAAAAAAAA